ACUCACACACGUUUUUUACUAAACUAAUGCUGUUGAUCAUGUAGUGGUUCUACUGAGUUCUGUUGACGAGGGUUGAUCAGUGAUCAGGGUAGAUCAGUGAGGACAUCAUUGUUAUCAGAGCACAUCUCCUUGAUACCUCCAAUUUGUAGAAGAAAGGUCCUGAUAUGGAGACAGCAGCCUAUGUAUCAGUAGGAGAAAGGUCCUGAUAUGGAGAGCAGCUUACUCAGCAGUUUAGGUCCAACAGUCCUUUGGAUUAGGAGGAAGUGUGUGCUGGAGAGCAAAUGAGUAUUGGAGUCACAGAAGACAGAGAGAGAACGAUUGAGGGAGGAAUGCUAUGGCGGUGUCUCAGAGUAGUGUUAGUACGUGGAGCAGUAAGCAGGUGUCUGGCUGGCUGAAGCAGGAGGGGUUUGGGCAGUAUGUGGAGCUGCUGUGUUCUAAACAUCGUGUGGAUGGCCCCAGCCUGCUGACUCUAAGGGAGGCUGACCUGCGUGAACCCCCUCUGAGCCUCACUGUGCUGGGGGACAUCAAGAGGCUGGCCCUGGCCCUGCGGAGGCUCCAAAUACAGAACCAGAAGCAAAUGGAGGAGCUGGGGAUAGGGUUAGGGGGAUUAGGGGCUGCUGCUGGGGGGGACAGGGCCUGUCACGAGGAAGACUGGGGGGAUCACAGGGCUGACAGGCGGUGUAAUAGAGGAGAUUGUGUGUGUAACGGGGCAGGGCGCCGUCAGGUGGAUUGUGGGGUCUCAGGGUCAUGGUCAGGGUCGCGACCCCGGUCAGGGAUGGCGUUAGAAGAAGACCAGUGCCACAUUCACUCCACUGGGGACAGGAAGUGCCUUCUAGGGCGUCUGGACCCAGAGCUGUGGAAGACAGUAGUCAGCUCUGUUUACGUCAUGCUCGUCUUCGGAUUUACCUCCUUCGUCAUGGUGAUCGUCCACGACCGCGUUCCCGAUAUGACAAUUUACCCGCCACUGCCCGACAUCUUCCUGGAUAGUGUACCCAGAAUCCCUUGGGCUUUUGCGAUGGCGGAGGCUUGUGGUUUAAUCCUAGUUUACAUCUUCCUGUUGGUGCUACUACUACACAAACACAGGUCUAUCAUAUUGCGGCGUCUGUGUUCUCUGAUUGGAACAGUGUUUCUGCUGCGUUGCGUCACCAUGUUUGUUACCUCCCUCUCUGUACCUGGACAACAUCUACAGUGCUCCAGUAAGAUGUAUGGUGAUACGUGGUCUAAGGUCCAGAGGGUGUUAGCUAUAUGGAGUGGCUUUGGCAUGACGCUGAAUGGAGUGGAUACCUGUGGAGAUUACAUGUUCUCUGGUCACACUGUGGUACUCACCAUACUCAACUUCUUCAUCACAGAGUAUACUCCUCGUAGCUGGCACCUGAUCCAUACCAUCUCCUGGGUACUGAAUCUGUUUGGUAUCUUCUUCAUCCUGGCGGCUCAUGAGCACUACUCCAUAGAUGUGUUCAUAGCUUUCUACAUCACCACCAGACUGUUCCUGUAUUACCACACUCUGGCCAACACCAGGGCCUUCCAACACAGCCGCCGUGCUCGGAUCUGGUUUCCCAUGUUCUCCUUCUUCGAGUGUAACGUCAACGGUCCUGUACAUAACCAGUACAACUGGCCCUUUAGUGGGCCUGCCUGUAUGAAGACACUGAUUGGAUAACACAACGCAGCACACACACACAAAGGUAGGGUUAGGCUUUAGUUAGUGUCAGGGUUCAAUUGGCCAGAUUUUAACUCCAACCUGGGGAAUUAACUAUGUUCUAGAUUCUAAAGAAUUGCAUAUUGUACUUUCAGUAAUAUACAGAUAAUGUAUGGCUAGCAGUAGAUAUUGAGCUGUGUAUAAUGUAUGGCUAGCAGUAGAUAUUGAGCUGUGUAUAAUGUAUGGCUAGCAGUAGAUAUUGAGCUGUGUAUAAUGUAUGGCUAGCAGUAGAUAUUGAGCUGUGUUUAAUGUAUGGCUAGCAGUAGAUAUUGAGCUGUGUAUAAUGUAUGGCUAGCAGUAGAUAUUGAGCUAUGUAUAAUGUAUGUUGUUUAUUGAUGAGUUUAAUCAGUUAGCUGUGUGGUAGUGUAUGUAGCUGGCCAUAUUUAAUGUAUUGGAAUCUGUGCUUCAUUAACAUCAUGUAUGUACACUGAGUGUACUAGACAUUAGGACUCUUUCCACGACAUAGACUGACCAGGUGAAUCAAGGUGAAAGUAUUGAUGUCACUUGUUAAAUCCACUUCAAUUAUUGUAGAUGAAGGAGAGGAGACAGGUUAAAGAAGGAUUUUUAAGCCUUGAGACAAUUGAGACAU